CGCUUCAACUCCAAGGCCGCCGGGUCUGGCGCGUGGCUCGCGGGGCCGAGGAAGCUGGAGACCGAGCUCGUGCACGCGGCCGUGAGUCCGGAGAACCUGCUUCUGGCGCGGUGCUGACGCCGCUGUUCCUGUCCACCACCUUCGUGCAGGAGUCGGUGGACAAGUACCUUGCCAAGGGCUACAGCUACUCCCGCACCAACAACCCGACGGUAAGCGUGUUGGAGGCGAAGCUGGCGCAGAUCGAAGGAGGCGCGGGCGCCAGCGCCUUCGGCACAGGCAUGGCGGCCACCACCAGUGCCAUCUGCGCCACCAUGAAGACCGGGGACCACUGCGUGAUCACCGAUUGCUCGUACGGUGGGACUAAUCGUUCCUGUCGGGAGUUCUUCACCCCACUGGGGAUGGAAUUUACCUUCUGUGACUUCCGGGACCUCGAUGUGAUCAAGAAGGCCAUGAAGCCGAACACGAAGCUGGUUUUCAGCGAGACUCCGGCGAACCCAGUGCUGUCCCUGUGCGACCUCGACGAGAUCUCGAAGAUCGCAAAGGCGGGGGGCGCCAAGCACGUCGUGGACGCCACUUUCGCGACCCCUGUCAUGUGCAGGCCUUUGGACCACGGCGCAGACAUGGUGAUCCAGAGCCUGACCAAGUAUUACGAGGGCCACAACAUUAUGACCGGGGGCGCCGUCAUCUCAAAGGACAAGGAGAUGGCAGACAAGGUCAAGUGGGUCCAGAACGUCCAUGGCAACAUCAUCAACCCGUUCGCUGCGUUCAUCAUAUUGCAAACCACCAAGACGAUGGCAGUCCGCGUGAAGCAGCAGAGCGAGACGGCGAUGGCGAUCGCCACUUUCCUGGAGCAACACCCCAAGGUCACCAAGGUCGUCUACCCUGGGCUGGCUUCUCAUCCCCAGAAGGCCCUCGCUGACAAAUACCACAGGGACGGUAUCCACGGAGGCAUGCUGUGGUUCGACGUGCAGGGCGGAUCCGAGGCGGCGAUUAAGCUCAUGGAUUCGAUCAAGAGGCCGUGGAGCCUUUGCGAGAACUUGGGAGCGACGGAGAGCAUCAUCACCGCGUGUGCCGUGAUGACUCACGCCAACAUGCUGAAGGAAGACCGCCUCAAAGUUGGCAUUACCGAUGGCUUCAUUCGAGUAUCUUGUGGUAUCGAAGACACCGGUGAUCUCAUCGAUGCUCUGAAGGAUGCCUUGGCAGCGUGCUGA